UUAAUUUAUAGGUUUGGAGGUCCAUUAUAAUAAUUCACGAUUAUACAAUUAUUGUACCGUCUAUGCCUGAUAAAAUGUGUGAUAUGCCGUUUAUGAAUCGUGUACCUAUUCUCAAUAUUCGCAUACUAUAUUUUGUUUUACUUAAUAUCAGCUGGUUAGAAUAUGGAUUCAAUGAUAUUAAAUAAAAAAAUGUACCUCCUGGAUGGCAGUUGUAUUAGUGGUAUUACACCUUAUGUAGACAUCAACAGUGUUAUGAAACAUCCACUUUGGGGAUCACAUUUGCUUUUAAACAAUGAAGAUAUUGUUAUUUGUGGCCAUAAAGAUUACAUUAGGGCUGGAGCUGAUUUUUUGACCACUAUCACAUACCAAGCAAGCAUUGAAGGUUUUCAAAAAUAUUUGAACCUAGAUUAUGAUCAGAGUUUUGAAUUAAUCAAGAAAUCUGUUAUGAUUUGUCGACGGGCAAUAAUAGAGGAAAAUGAAGAACGAAAUAUACAAAUAAUGGGAUCUGUUGGUCCGUAUGGUGCAUCAUUAUGCGAUUGUUCAGAAUAUAAUGGUAAUUAUAUAGACACUAUGAAUUUAAAAAAAUUAUAUGAUUGGCAUAAACCUCGAAUUCAAGCAUUAGUGGAAGCUGGAGUUGAUAUAAUUCUUUUUGAAACCAUACCUUCUGUCACUGAAGCUACUAUUUUGCUAAACAUACUGGCUGAAUUUCCAAAUCAAAAAGCAUGUUUAUCAUUUUCGUGUAAGGACGGAAAUUAUUUGAGUCAUGGUGAAGAAUUUUCAAGUGCUGUUGAAAUGUUCUGGUCGAAUAAUUACCGUAAACAAUUAAUUGCCAUUGGUAUGAACUGUUUACACCCAAAAUUUAUAACACCACUUUUGAUGUCGGUAAAGACUAAAAAUGUGAAUUUUAUUACUUACCCAAACGGAGGUGGCAUCUGGGAUGUUGCUAAAAAUUGUUAUGAUGAUACACAAAUAUAUAAAGUUUCUAUCGAUGAUCUUAAGAUAUGGAAUCAAAUAGGAUUGAAAAUAUUUGGAGGCUGUUGUAAAACUGAUGCUAUUGAAAUAGCACGCCUGAGAAGUUUAAUAGAUGAUCUACUUUUAUAAUACAAUUUUAAUAAAUUUAUUAUUUGUGUGAUUUA